UGAACCGGAGACCUUUGCGCAUCCCGGCACACGCACGGUACCGGAGACCGGGGGGCAUCCCAGCUGACACACGGAGCCGCAGUAGCCCAAACUGAACGGAAGCGGACUGGACCUGCCAAGACCUUUUGGGUUUUAUCUUUGAUCAGAGGAUCCGUGCUGCAGGACUGAAUUCUACGCGUGCAUGUUGUUGGACCGGUUCUGAUCCAGAACACGCCUGGCCCAGCUCGGACUGACCCCAGACCCUUUGAUUCUGUGACCUCAGAAGUCCUGGACACCGGAAAUUCUCCAGAUCUUCAGACCUGAAACUUACCUCAGAAUUGUGCUCCGGGCUGGAGGAUCGGUCCACCUGCGUGAUCGCCAUCCUUUUUAUACCUUGUGGGUUUUUUUUUUUCGUUUGUUUUUGUUUUUGGACGGAACAUUCUGACGCAUGCAGACCUGUGGUGAGACCUGAUCCACCGGGUUCGUGCGCACCCUAACCCGGAGCUGCUGGCGGAACCGGCGGAGGGAGAAAGCGGAUUCUUAGUCAAUGGUCGGCCCGCGCCGCUGAAGUGUUAGUGUGCGCGUGAAGCCAACCAAAGCCAUGGUCCACUGCGCCGGCUGCGAGAGGCCGAUCCUAGACCGGUUCCUACUCAACGUUCUGGACCGAGCCUGGCACGUGAAGUGCGUCCAGUGCUGCGAGUGUAAAUGUAACCUAACGGAGAAGUGCUUCUCCCGGGAGGGCCGGCUCUACUGCAAGAACGAUUUCUUUAGGCGGUUCGGCACCAAAUGCGGUGGAUGUUCGCAGGGCAUUUCUCCAAACGACCUGGUUCGGAGGGCCCGAAGCAAAGUGUUCCACCUGAACUGUUUCACCUGCAUGAUGUGCAACAAGCAGCUGUCCACAGGAGAGGAGCUCUACAUCAUAGACGAGAACAAAUUCGUCUGCAAGGAGGACUACCUAAACAACAUGAGUGUGAAGGACACUAACCUGCUCUCAGUGACGGCCUGCAGCGAUCCAAGCCUAUCGCCAGAUUCUCAGGACCAGCUGCAGGACGACGUGGUUCUGAAGGACACGGAGAUGGCCGCCCUGUCCGACAAGGAGACGGUGAAUAACGAGAACGACGACCAGAACCUGGGCGGGAAGCGGCGCGGGCCCCGGACCACCAUCAAGGCCAAGCAGCUGGAAACCCUGAAGGCGGCCUUUGCUGCGACCCCCAAACCCACCAGACACAUCCGGGAACAGCUGGCCCAGGAGACCGGCCUCAACAUGCGGGUGAUACAGGUCUGGUUCCAGAACCGACGAUCCAAAGAAAGGCGCAUGAAGCAGCUGAGCGCGCUGGGCGCACGGAGGCACGCGUUCUUCCGGAGUCCACGGCGGAUGAGGACGUUGGUGGACCGACUGGAACCCGGAGAGCUGAUCCCGAACGGACCCUUCUCCUACUACGGAGAUUAUCAGAGUGAGUACUACGGUCCAGGAGGGAACUACGACUUCUUCCCUCAGGGGCCUCCAUCAUCACAGGCCCAGACCCCGGUGGACCUCCCCUUCGUGCCCUCCUCUGGCCCCACCGGCACCCCCCUUGGCAGUAUGGACCACCCUCUGCCAGGCCAUCACCCCUCCAGUGAGGUGCAGCGUUUCUCUGAUAUCAUGUCCCACCACCCAGGGGACUCUCCCAGCCCGGAGCCUGGAAUCCCGGGGCCCUUGCACAGCAUCUCCUCGGAGGUGUUUGGCCCCAGCCCACCCUUUACCUCACUGUCAUUGAACGGCAGCGCAUACAGCAACCACCUGCCGCAUCAACCGUCAGAAAUGAGCGAGGGCACGGUGUGGUAGCUGUGAGAAGGACUCAGCUGGACACGAUUCAGACCAGGCAGCAGGAUUUAGAGGCUCUGGGGUCCACGGACAGCAACAGGGUCAGGGCGGUAUCAUGGACGUUUGUUAUUGGUGUUUUUUUAUAUAUAUAUUUAUUUAUUUAUUUUGUACUUUUUUCAUUGAAUUCAUCCAGUUUUGUUGAAAGCUGACGCUGCUCAGAAUCCUGGUCUUUAGUAUCGUGUUGGGUCGUUUCCGUCGUUCUUUUGCCCUUCACCCACGCUACAUCCAAAAAUCACAAAAACUAAGAGAAGGAGAAAUGAAUGAAUGAAUGAAUGAAUGAAUGUCACCCGUUCACUCUUUAGUUCCGCCCUGCUCUAUCAGCGGUCCUCCCAACAGAGUGUUAAAAUAGAACUCUUGUUGUCGGUUCCAGACAUGAAGGUGAUUUUUCUCCUGUCAAAGACUUGGAUAGCUUUACAGAACCAGAACCAGAACCAGGCUGAAGGUCGGGCUGAGCGGCAUCCAGACUCUCAGAGGAACUGGAGUCUCAGACCUCUUUGCCUCCUGAGGCUUUGCCAUACUGACUCUUCUUCACAGUAUUCUGCUGAAAGCCAGAGGAGGACACGGGUCUGUCCUCCGCGUGGAUUCAAGUCCUGCCAAAGCGAGGACAGGGGUCUUCUGAAGUCCAACCAGUAAACUCUCUGGAUUGCAAACCCUUUAUUUAACAAGGAAAUGAACUGGAUUGAAGUUUAUCUUCUAAAAUCUUUUACUGGGUUCUAACUGGGACUUGGAACAGUCAACUGUUUACGUAAUCUAAUAAAUUCAGGAGUCCAGAAGUCUCGAAAACCAUGUUUUAGAACCUCUUGAUCCACAUGAAAUGUUACAAGCAACCAACCAAACUUUUGUAUCGAUUUGAUUUCUACUGUCUGGAGGUAAAAAAAAAAAAAAAAAAAAAGGAAAAAAAAUAUGCGUUUCCCGGGGUUCGUGGUUCACUGUGCUAGUUUGUACAAGAUGUUGUUUACAGAAAAGAUUUAAAGACAAAAAAAUCAAGAGAAGUAGACAUUUACCAAAUUUUAAACUGAGCACAAACACUGUGGGCGUGCGUUGCACCGUCGUCGCAGUGUAAGUUGGGACAAAUUCUAAGUGUUCACGCAACAAUUGACUUUGAAGAUCUUUAGUCUGCUGACACACAUUCAUAAAAAUGUUGCUCUAACAUAUUUAGACAGGUUUUAUUUUUGUGUCUUCAAAAAUAAAAGAACUAAAGUAAUAAAAACGGAUGGUGGAAUAUGCAGCUCACAGCUGCGACAUCUCUCUGAGCCCUCACUAUGUCUUUAUUGUUCCAAUAAAACAAAACUUCUGUAACCUCCA